AGAGAUGUGUGUAAUCGUACAUUUAUCAUUUGAUCGAUAAUGGAAAAACCACGUAGAUGGUUAAUACAUGAAGAAAAUGAAAAGAAUCUACUGUAGGAAGUUGUUUCAUACAAAUAAGAACAUGUGCAAAUAAAUAUGGGGUGCAUUUAGUUUCCAUAGGAAAGGCAAAACUCUAGAUCGACACCUGAACUUGUACCUAGACUUCCACCAAAAACCUGCAAAUACGCUGGAAGGCAACUGUUUCAAUGACCUAUGUUCUAACAUAUAGACGUUGUAUCAUCACAAGAAAUAUUGGAAGAAGAACAGAGAAACAAUGCUUUUGGAGGUUCAUUAUUAUUUUGUCAACAAUAUCUGGUGUGAUGUCAGAAGAAAAUUGUUCAGUAUCAUGGGAGUUAACAACAAUACCAAUAUUUUUUGGCGACAACAUAAGUUUAAAAUGCACGACGAAGGGUAGUGGAGACUGUUUUGGUUCACGAAUCUUCAAAUGGAUUGGUGGUCCAGAAAAAGAAGUUAUAUCAUUUGAUGUACAGGUUUAUGACCACAGCAAAUACACAGUAUUUCACGAGAGAGGACACUAUUGGCUUGUUAUAAAAAAUUGCACAGCCAGAGACAUUGACAUUCCCUACGCUUGCCACUGUGGAUUUUACUAUUUGGAGAGCAUAUUGAAAAACGUUUCAAGCAUACAUUCUGAUGACAAAGACGAUGGUGAUCAACAGAAACGCGUUAUUAAUCACACACCAGGAGAUAAAAGGGAAAAAGGAAAUACAGAAGAUGUGUCUACUCUUGUUGGUUCUUGUGUUGGAGCAUUUUUAGGUGUGCUUGUUGUUAUUUUAAUUGUUUAUGCAGUCAUUAAAAGAUACAAAAAGGAAACAGCAGGAUCAACUGAUACAAAAAAAGUUAACCGUGAACAAGAAAAGUUCAUGUAAAGUGGCAACAGAAAACGAGGAAAUAGGAAACAUACAAAAUUGGAGUGUGAUGUUUGCAUACAGAAGAAAAUCAGCUUUGUUGUCAUAAACUUAAUCUCUCUUCUAAAUAGUGCUAACAUAUACAUCUAAAAAGGCAACAUGACAGCUUUGAACCCAAUUUCACAUCAUAUAUCGACAAAAUUCUGGAAAAACAGAUCAUUUAAAUAGUUUUUUGCACAGAUUUUCAAACCAUUGUUUGGUAGGAAUUGGGAGUUUUCGCGCCACUUAUAUAUUUUUUUUACAUUUCGUAACGCAUGAUUUUGAUGAAACUGUGUCAGCCGCAUAUUCUGCAAAUUCCCUACUUAACCCGGCCCUUACAUUGGACAUUAAACAUGUCAUUCACUUCCAGGUAAAAAAAAGUGUCCAUUUUAUCACACACACAUACAUAUAUUAUAUCAAUGAAAGGCGAUGUAGAUUAUACGACACAAAUACACAAAACACGUUAAGAUAUAAAAAUACACGAAGUGAAUCUAAAAAUUAAAUAUGUCAAGUUUUAAUUUGUCUGAAGUCUUCAAAAAUAUUUAACAGGGAAAUAUCAAAGUUCUGUCAUUACUACCAAAUUUCUAAGAAGGACAAAAAAAAAUGUUAAUAUGAAUAAAAGAAAAUGUUUGCUAGGCAUAGUAUGCGAUUUGUAGCAUCGACAUUGCUCUACUACUUAUGAAAUUUUAUGUUAAAUACAGUAGGUAAACUUCAAGUCGGUCAAGAAGUAUUGACUAUAGAUGUAUUAAAAUACCUACAUGUGCUAUCUCGUCUGGUAGACUAGGUUUUCAUUCAUAGCUAAAGCAUACACAAUCCAUGUCAUCUCCUAUUUCCUUCGUACAAAAUGCAUAAGGGUAACACAACUGAUAAAAAGGAAUACUGAUUUCAGAAUCUUACUUUAGAAUACCUGCUAAAUCCUCGUAUAAACGUUCUACUGCGUAUAACGCACAGGUGCUAUAUUACGUGAAUGGAAAAAAAUUCGACAAAACAUAUUGGUUAAAUCAGUACAUGUAUGCUUUAUACAUUGUUUAUAUGACUUAUUUAUGCAUUUUUAAUAUAUUUUAACACCAAUUGUGAUUCAAAGAUGAAAUGAAUUGUUUGUCUGCGGAUGCAAUGCUAAUAUGUUUUUUUUGUUUAUAUUUACGUAUUUUAAUACACAUUAUUUAUUUUUAUCAAACUUAUCUGGGUGCAAUUUUAUUCCUGUGCAGUAUUUGUGUAAGUGCAAUUUAUGUUUAAAUAAACCAUUCACUAUUGAGUAAAUAUCUAUUGUUUGGUUAUUAAGGAAAUACAUGAAAACAUUUGUUUUACAUUAUCGUUGUUUAUAAUUUGUUUUGUAUUCUUUUUGUUUUUAUUUAAUUUUAUUAAAAGUAUUGAAUUUUGAAAA